CCAAGAUGAAGCACGAUAACCCAACAAGGUUUCGAGACAGACGACCUAUAAAAGGCCCGAGGAUACGGUUGACCAAUCAGUCCAUGUUGAGCAGUGCUCGUGUCAUCUGAACACCUGUAGGCUCUUUACUUUGCUCUAAAAAUGGUUGCUUUUGCUAAGAUUUGCCUUUUGGCCCUCGUCGCCACCGCCUCCGUGUCCGGGGAGCGUCGACCCAAGUCUUUGGUUAACACCUUCCCCUUCAACCAGCGCAACCAAGCUGCCGGUGCUGCUGCUCAUGCUCACCAUGAUCACCAUCAUCAUGACGAUGGGCAGCACGCCCAUGCCGUGGUAGAAUCCGCCCCUGCUCGUGCAUCCCGUCAAGGCCAAGGAAACGAGGUCGCUCUGGAUAUCGGAAGCAUUGCCGCCGCCGGUGAGAGAUGUAUUGAUAAGGUCGUCAUGGUCGAGGAGACCGAAUACGACGAGGAGAUCGAGUGCCACCAUAGCUACUCUGAGCGAUGCCACACCACCUAAACCACCGACUUUGAGCCCCAACAAGAGGAGGAGUGCGAGGAGAACUUCAAGAAGAGCUGCUUCAUCGAAUACCGAAAGGUGGCCUUUGAAGAACCCAUCAGGUUCUGCCACACCCCAUUGAUCUGCGAGGGCGAAGGACCCGAGGAAUGUAAGACCGUGUACGAGACCCAAUGUGAGACUCGUUACCACGAGCAUGAGGUCGAGGAUGAUGUCGUAGAUUGCGAGACCAUUCAAGAGGAGAAGUGCGAGGAUGUCACUCAGGGAUAUACCACCGAGCAAAAGUGCACCAAGUGGCCCAAGCAAGUGUGCUCCAACGAGAAGAAGACUGUCAAGAAGUACACCCCCGAGACCGACUGUAAGAAGGUCGGCCGUGAGCUCUGCGGACCCUCCGGUUGCGUGCCACAACCCGGACCUGAGGAGUGCUUCGACAAGAAGGAGACUGUUGUCCAAGAGGUGCCCGAGGAGACUUGCAACUUGGAACCCCAAAGAUCGUGCAAGCACGUCACCAAAUUGGUGCCCCUCCUCAAGCCUGCCGAGGAGUGCGUGGACAUCCCCAAGGAGGUGUGCUCCCGAUCCCGCAAGAACCCCCGCAAGGUCCAAAAGCCCGUGGUCAAGAAGUGGUGCUACGUGCCCUCCGAGCAAUCUGGUUUGGCUUAAGAUGGAUCCUCUCAACUCAAUCCAACUCAAACAGCCCCCCACAAAGCUUUAUGACCCGUUGCCAUUCCUUGCAAUCAUCAGCACUGCCAGUCCGGAUGAUGAGGACACCCCUGCAAUCUCGGCUCGAUCCAUUCUGGCCUUUUUAUCUUCGUUUCUGUGUCGUGACCAUCAGUCUUUCGCCAGCGUUUUCUGCUAUCUCUCGCUCGGCAUUCACAAGCUUUUGAUUAACCCACUCUCCCCCCGCAAACUAGUCUCCCUGAGAAACAAUUAAACGAAACUUCAACCCUUCCUUCAGAAAUCAAAGUCCGCGUUUGAUGCGGAUCACUGCCAUGAAUUGCGACUGCCGCCUCUUGAUGAGGCCAUCAACUCCAAUCAAUCUCACAAUGGAAACACCCUUGGGCAUUAUUGACACCAAAAGGCACUUCUUUGAGAACCAAAAGCAAUUCGUAAUUUUUAAUUUUUCGACACAUAAGGACCAUCUGGUGCUCAAUCAUUCGUUGGGGAAUGCAACCCAUCCCCAUGAGAGAUCGAGUGAUCUCAGAAAUGUGAACGAACGUGAAAAAGAGUGAUUACAUUGAAAUACAGAGACCAUUUCAUAUCA